UCAUUAUUUAAGACACACAUCUACUCCGGGGCAUUCCUCCCCUUUCUUGACAUCUCCUCCCCAAACAAACAACCUGCAGUCUCACAAUGUCUACAAAACAAUGCAGCCACCACCAAAACAAAGGCCACAAACUCCUCAAGCGCGUCUUCUACACGCUCCUCGCCAUCCUCGCCAUCCUCCUCCUCACUUUCCUCAUCACCUGGGCCAUCCUCAAACCCAAAAAGCCCACCUUCGUCCUCCAAGACGCCACCAUCUACGCCUUCAACGUCACCCCCGUCCCCAAUCUCCUCACCUCCAAUUUCCAAGUCACUCUCACUUGCCGAAACCCCAACUCCCGAAUCGGAAUUUUCUACGAUAAGCUCGACAUCUUCGCCACUUACAGGAGCCAGCAAAUCACUUACUAUACAACCAUUCUCCCCACCUACCAGGGCCACAAAGACACCAACGUCUGGUCUCCGUUCAUUUACGGGACCAGCGUCCCCGUCGCGCCCACCAACGGGCCUGCAUUGAGCCAGGAUCAGGCGAACGGGGACAUCUCGUUGGUGAUCAAGAUCAAUGGGAAGGUUAAAUGGAAAGUGGGAUCAUUCACCUCGGGUCAUUACAGUAUUCAUGUUACGUGUCCAGCGAAUAUACAUUUUGGAAAUGGUUAUAGUGGAUUUGGUGUGGGUACUGGGGUUAAGUACCAGCUCUCUACCAAGUGCAGAGUUAGUGUCUGAAUUUAUCAAUCCCCAUCAUUUUAAUCCACGGCGUCAACUGUUUUAUCGUUACCAACUUUGAAUUUUACUGGUAUACAUUGCUGGAUUGUAAAUUUGCAGAAUUAUGAAAAUCGUUAUAUCAUUUGUAUAUUAUUACUCCUUAUAGUCGUUU